AUGGUGUCCAUGUCCAGCCCCAUGAAAGAAGGGGCUAUAGGGGCUGAACACCUGGGACUCGUGCAAGCCCGGCUCCUACUCACCGUUCUAGGGGUGAUCCUAGUAUCUGUCACCUUAUGCCUCUUCUUCUUCGGCGCCACAACCAAACUCAACGCCUCGUUCUGCUCAGGAGAUGUCCCUGAGCAUGUGAUGCGCAAGUUGUUCCCCCGUUGGAGGGCUGCCCACACUCCCGUUCAUCACUUGGUCAAACUUCUCCUCCUCGCCGGCGCUGAGGUUCUCGGGCUUCUGUCUGGCCAACAGCUCGUUGAGCAUCUUGGGGGCGAAGCCCGGCCCGAACAGGCCGAACUGUUGCUGCUGGCUGAAAAUGGCGCCGUACAGAUGACUGAUGCUAUGUCCGAAUCUAAAAAGAAAUGUAGACAGUACAGUGUUGAUUAUUUGAAAUUUGGCUUCAUUCCAUCGUUGCCGGACAAACAAUCGCCUAUGUGCCUUUUAUGCAACAAAGUUUUGAGCAAUGACGCUAUGAAACCAUCUAAACUGCAAGAUCAUCUGAGAAGAUGCCACCCUGAUAAAACAGAGAAAGAUUUGAAAUACUUUCAAACACUCAAAGAUAAAUUUCAGAAGAGACCUACACUGGACAGAAUGUUCGCUUCGACGUCACAAAGAAAUGAUGAUGGUUUGCGGGCGUCUUACAAUAUCUCGUUACUUAUAACAAAAUCCGGAAAACCGCAUACUAUCGGAGAUAAGUUAAUUUUGCCAGCCGUUGAAGAGGUUUUAAAAACUGUUUUACACAAACCUGCAUCUCAUAUCAUUAAAAGAAUUCCCUUAAGCAACAAUACUGUUGAAAGACGUAUUGAUGAAUUGAGUUCUGAUAUUCAAAGAUUCUUAUGUAGUUAUUUGCAAACGACCCAUUUCUCUAUACAACUGGACGAGUCAACUUUACCUGACAAUGCAGCAUUAUUAUUGGCAUAUGUUCGUUUUAUUAUGAAUCAAGAAAUCUACGAAGAACUGCUCUUCGCAAGAACUUUGAUAACCGACACUAAAGGUGAAUCAAUAUUUCAUGUUUUGAAGGAUUACUUCAUUGAAAAAGCAACUCCUUUAUCAAAUAUAAUAUCAGUAGCUACAGAUGGAGCACCUGCCAUGACUAUUUUAGAAUAUCUGGAUACUAAAGAUAAAAUUUUAAAAGAAAAUUUAAUGAAGAGGAAAACAGACAUCGCCUAUUUAACAGAUUUGUUUACAAAAUUUAAUAUGCUUAAUUUGCAAUUACAAGGCGCCAGUUUAAAUUUGAUUAAAACAAAGUCCAUCUUAUCAGCGUUUCUUGCCAGAGUUAAACUAAUGAAGCAAAAUAUUGGACGGGGCGAAUUUUCUCAGUUCCCCAAUUUGUCACAGACAAGCUGCCAGGAAGACGACGUUUCAACUUACGUUCAACAUUUAAAUGCCCUCUAUUCAGAUUUUGAAUCUAGGUUUGAGGAUAUUUUGACUACGGUAAUACCACCGUGGAUAAUUAAACCAUAUGGUGACAUAGAAGAAACGAAUGUCAUAAUACAAGAGGAACUGACUGAAUUAAGUACAAACGAAGAACUUAAGGUUCAGUUUAAAAACGGAUAUCAGCAAUUCUGGCUGCAAAACAACAUAUCCGUUACUUAUCCCGAAGCUGAAUAUCUACCUGAGCUAACAAUACUGGACAAUCGAUUUUCCCAUUAUGCAAGAAUAGUACAGAUAACUGAUAUCUACGCUUUUCCAAAGAUUGACAGCUCAGGAUAA